CGUGGUCGGGCGUUGGGUUCGGAUCAUGGCGUUUUGUCACGAAUAGGCCUGAUGAUUUGUUUUCGGGAGGUUGGAGUAGUGAGUGCAAAUGGCAUCCAGCGACUAUUAUGUGGCAGAGACGGGUUAAUGAAGAGGAAAGGAAGCAUGUGGCAGCGGCAGCAGGCGGAGUGUAUCAUUGCAUGGGAGCGAUGAUCUUUGUUGCAGUUUUUGCAUUGUGGUGGAUAUACCAAAAGCCGGGAGCGGAUGUAGGGUCGGUGGACUUGGAGGGAGUGGGAGCCAGGUUAUAUGAUCUAAAAAGAUGUACUCCAUAUGGGAGGAAGACUAGAGGCAGGGGCUUACAGCUCUGUCCCAGGGGACCACGACCCACGAACGGAAAAGGGGGGUGUUUGUGAAUUAUGACAGCCUUGGUCGUAACUAGAGCUCCUUUCUAGCUCGGU